AUGCUAGACAUAUUCAGAGACUCUUUCGUUGGCCAGGCCACGCGCAUCCUCACCCGUCACCGCUUCUGCCGAUAUCCAGAGGACGAUCCGACCUUCGUCUUGCGUGAGGAAGUCUCCAAGUUGUCUGUACCGCGGCCGACUGAAGACUCGGAGAAACGUGAGGACCCAGUCGUGACAUGGUACGAUGCAACAGAUCCCGAGAACCCUCAAAACUGGGGCGCCGUGAAGAAGAGCUGGGUGUCGCUCCUCCUCCUUCUCUACACCUUCUCCGUCUACAUCGGCUCCUCCCUGUACACCGCCAGCGAGGCAGACAUCAGUGACAUCUACCACGUCUCGCCCGUGGCAUCCGCCGUGGGCCUAUCGAUAUACGUGAUCGGAUACGGUAUCGGACCCCUGCUUUGGUCGCCUCUGUCCGAGAUCCCGGCCAUUGGGCGUAACCAUCCUUACUGCUUCACGUACAUCAUCUUUGUCCUGCUUUGCAUCCCGCUGGCUUUUGUGGAAAACUUUGCCGGGGUCCUGGUGCUCCGCUUCCUGCUGGGCUUCUUCGGGUCGCCGUGCUUGGCUACCGCUGGGGCAAGCUAUGGCGAUUUCUGGUCCGGAGGAAAGAUGCCUUAUGUGAUCGCGUUAUGGGGCGGUGGGGCAACUCUAGGUCCUGCACUGGGUCCGGUGGUGGGCAAUUUCGCCGUCGCAGCAAAAGGGUGGCGCUGGAGUACCUGGGAGCUGCUAUGGCUUAGCGGGCCAACGCUCAUCCUCAUGCUUCUGUCCCUGCCCGAGACGUCCAGCUCCACGAUUCUCUACCGCCGCGCUCGUCGACUUCAAACCAUCACCGGCCGCAGUGACAUCAGAUCUGAGUCGAUGGUUACACAAGCAAACAUGAAACCUCGCGAGAUUGCCGUUUUCGCUCUGGUCAAGCCGUGGGAGAUCAACGCCCUCGAUCCCGCCGUCUUGUUCUCCACAUUCUACACGGCAUUGAUCUAUGGCAUCUACUACUCCUUCUUCGAGUCGUUUCCCCUGGUGUACCGCGACGUCUACCAUUUCGACCAGGGAGCGCUCGGCCUCGCUUUUCUCUCCGUCCUCACCGGCCUGCUCAUCGCCGUCUCGGUCUACGUUGCGUAUUUCUACUUCAUCGCCGACCCUUGGAUGGCGAAACAGGAUGAGAUCCCUCCAGAAGCGAGACUGUGGCCGGGCCUCAUCGCUACAUUUUUGAUCCCGAUUGGGCUGUUCAUAUUCGCCUGGACAAGCCGUACAUCAGUGCCUUGGAUCGCCAGCAUGAUCGGCGUGGCCACGAGCAUGUGCGGGGUGUUCAUCAUCACGCAGUGCAUGUUCAUCUACCUACCGUUCACGUACCCAACAUACUCCGGAUCGCUCUUUGCGGCGAAUGGCUUCGCGCGCGCCAUGUUCGCCGCCGGUGCCGUGCUGUUCGCCUACCCAAUGUUCGAGAGUCUCGGCGUUCCAGACGGCGUGAGUCUCCUGGCGGCACUGACUUGCGCAUGUUGUGUGGGCAUCUAUAUUCUGUAUUAUCGAGGCGCGGCCAUGAGGAAACGGAGCAAGUUUGCGGUUUCUUGA